AUGGAAAGUAACUUAAGCAAGAACGAUUAUGAAGAGCAAAUAGAAUUGCCUCCAGGUUUUCGGUUUCGUCCCACGGAUGAUGAGCUAAUAAUUCACUACUUAUACAAAAAAGUUUUUGAUGCUUCUUUUGUCAGCCAAGCCAUUGGAGACGUUGAUUUGAAUAAAUUCGAGCCGUGGGAUCUUCCAUUGAAGGCAAAAUUCGGUGAAAAAGAAUGGUAUUUCUUUUGUGUAAGAGAUAGAAAAUACCCCACUGGUAUGAGGACUAAUAGAGCUACAGAAAUGGGGUAUUGGAAGGCUACAGGGAAAGAUAAAGAGAUUUAUAAAGCGAAAACGCUUAUAGGGAUGAAGAAAACACUUGUGUUCUAUAAAGGUAGAGCACCAAAAGGCGAAAAGACUAAUUGGAUCAUGCAUGAAUUUAGAUUAGAAGGCAAACUAGCCUUUGAAAAUCUCUCAAAAUCAACAAAUAAGGGCGAGUGGGUAAUUAGUAAGGUUUUCGAAAAAAAUUGUGGAGGGAAAAAGAUUCCGGCAUCUGGGGUUCCAUGUAUGAAUUAUGAUUGCUAUGAAGAUGAACUUGAUUCUUCAAAUUUGCCUCAAUUGAUGGACAUUUCGAGCUCCAAAAGUGAACCAAUCUUUGAUGCUAUCCAAGAAAACAAGCCUAAAACCGAGGACUUGAUUGAAAGUUUCAACAAAUCAAUUGAAUUUACGCCUUCCAUGAAUGAUAAUCUUUUUUUGUUUCCAAAUGCUCAAAUGCUUCAAAACAUUGAAUACUUGCAGUACCAAGACCCUUCGGUCCUAAGGUUCUUGAUGAAUGACGAUAAUCGUACAAACACAAGACAAAUCCAAAAGAUCCAAUUUGAGAAUGAUCAAAAUUACACAAUGGAUUCAGUUGGGGCAGAAAAUGUUGAUUGUCUUUGGAAUUACUGA